AUGGCGAGUGUAUCAUAUCAUAUCGCAAAUUUGCUGGAAAAGAUGACGUCCAGUGAUAAAGAUUUUCGGUUUAUGGCCACCAAUGAUCUUAUGGGAGAAUUACAGAAAGAUUCGAUUAAGUUAGAUGAUGACAGUGAAAGAAAGGUUGUAAAAAUGUUGUUAAAACUACUUGAAGAUAAAAAUGGCGAGGUUCAGAAUCUGGCAGUAAAAUGCCUGGGUCCUCUAGUAAAUAAAGUAAAGGAAUUUCAAGUAGAGACUAUCGUAGAUACACUGUGUUCUAAUAUGCUGUCAGAUAAAGAACAGUUGAGAGAUAUUUCCAGUAUAGGCUUAAAAACAGUAAUAAGUGAGUUACCUCCCUCUUCCACAACCCUGGCUGCUAAUAUCUGUAAGAAAAUUACCGGCCGACUAACAAGUGCUAUAGGCAAGCAAGAAGAUGUAUCAGUCCAAUUAGAAGCUUUAGAUAUUCUGGGAGACCUGUUGAGCAGAUUUGGAGGUGAGACAGAAACAACCCAUUUUUACAAGGAUAACAACUUAGGUUCACAAGGAUCCUUUCUACCAGCUGGUCCUUGA